AUGAACCAUCAGCCGCCGCCACCGCUGCAGCAGCAGCAGCAGCAGCAGGCGGGGAAAAUGUCCGCUCCGCCGCCGCCGGAGCCCGGCGAAGGCUUCAUCACGGGGCGCCAAAGGAAGCUGGAGUCGAUGAUCCGGGAUCCCCGAUCUCCGGUCAAUGUGGAAAGUUUGCUGGAUGGUCUGAAUUCUUUGGUUCUUGAUCUGGAUUAUCCAGCACUGAGGAAAAAUAAGAACAUAGAUAACUUCCUAAAUAGAUUUGAGAAAAUUGUGGAAAAAAUUCGAGCUUUGCAAAUGAAGGCUGAAGAUUAUGAUGUUGUUAAAGUGAUUGGAAGAGGAGCCUUUGGAGAAGUACAGCUGGUUCGCCAUAAAACAUCACAGAAGGUUUAUGCAAUGAAACUUCUUAGUAAAUUUGAAAUGAUCAAAAGAUCAGAUUCGGCCUUUUUCUGGGAAGAGAGGGACAUAAUGGCCUUUGCCAACAGUCCGUGGGUAGUUCAGCUUUUUUGUGCCUUUCAAGAUGACCGAUACUUGUAUAUGGUAAUGGAGUACAUGCCUGGUGGAGAUCUUGUGAAUCUUAUGAGCAAUUACGAUGUGCCUGAAAAGUGGGCCAAAUUUUAUACAGCGGAAGUUGUCCUAGCUCUCAAUGCAAUUCACUCCCUAGGAUUAAUACAUAGAGAUGUGAAACCUGACAACAUGCUUUUGGAUAAAUAUGGACAUUUGAAGCUGGCAGAUUUUGGCACUUGUAUGAAAAUGGAUGAAACAGGUAUGGUGCGUUGUGAUACGGCAGUUGGAACACCUGACUACAUAUCACCUGAAGUAUUGAAGUCACAAGGAGGUGAUGGUUAUUAUGGACGGGAAUGUGACUGGUGGUCUGUAGGAGUUUUUCUGUUUGAGAUGCUAGUUGGGGAUACUCCAUUUUAUGCUGACUCAUUGGUGGGGACAUACAGUAAAAUCAUGGAUCACAAGAACUCAUUACAUUUCCCAGAUGAUGUAGAAAUCUCUAAACAUGCAAAGGACCUUAUAUGUGCCUUUUUAACAGACAGGGAUGUGCGUCUUGGAAGGAACGGAGUAGAAGAAAUUAAAAACCAUCUGUUCUUUAAGAACGAUCAAUGGAAUUGGGAUAAUAUACGAGAGACUGCCGCACCAGUUGUCCCUGAGCUCAGUAGUGAUAUAGAUAGCAGCAAUUUUGAUGACAUUGAAGACGAUAGAGGAGAUGUCGAAACAUUUCCAAUCCCCAAAGCCUUUGUUGGAAAUCAGCUGCCUUUUAUAGGAUUUACCUACUACAGAGAGAACUUGUUGCUAAGUGACUCGUCUCAACCUUGUAGGGAAAAUGAAUCCUGUAGGAAAAAUGAGUUUGCACAAUUUCAGAAAAAACUAAGCAAGUUAGAAGAUCAGCUUCGUAAUGAAGUACAACUCAAAGAUGAGCUGGAACAGAAAUGCAGAGCUAUUAAUAAUCGCCUGGAGAAGAUAAUGAAGGAAUUGGAUGAAGAGAUAACCUCAAGAAAGAACGUAGAGUCUGCACUGAGACAGUUGGAAAGGGAAAAAGCUCUUCUCCAGCAUAAGAAUGCAGAAUACCAGAGGAAAGCUGAACACGAAGCGGAUAAAAAACGGAAUCUGGAAAAUGACGUUAACAGUUUGAAAGAUCAGCUUGAAGAUUUGAAAAGGCGGAACCAGAACUCUCAGAUAUCAAAUGAAAAAAUCAGCCAGCUGCAGAGACAGCUGGAUGAAGCCAAUGCCUUACUGCGUACGGAAUCUGAUACGACCGCCAGGUUCAGGAAGAACCAGACGGAGAGUACGAAGCAGAUUCAGCAGCUGGAAGCUAAUAACAGAGAUUUGCAAGAUAAAAACUGUGCGCUGGAAAAUGCUAAACUCAAACUAGAGAAGGACUUUCUGAACCUGCAGUCUGCACUAGAAUCUGAAAGGAGAGAUCGAACUCAUGGGUCUGAGAUUAUCAGUGAUCUUCAGGGCCGAAUAGCUAGUUUGGAAGAAGAAGUAAAAAAUGGGAGAAAUUUAUUAGCUAAAACCGAGACAGAGAAAAGACAAUUACAGGAAAGAUUCACAGAUCUGGAAAAGGAGAAGAACAACAUGGAAAUAGAUAUGACAUACAAGCUCAAAGUCUUGCAGCAGAACGUGGAACAAGAAGAAGCGGAACAUAAGGCGACAAAAGCCCGGCUAGCUGACAAAAAUAAAAUCUAUGAGUCUAUUGAAGAAGCAAAGUCUGAAGCCAUGAAAGAAAUGGAAAAGAAGCUCUCAGAGGAAAGAAUUUCAAAGCAAAAAGUAGAAAACUGCUUGCUAGAAGUUGAGAAACGGUGCUCCAUGUUGGACUGUGAUCUAAAACAAUCUCAACAGAAAAUAAACGAGCUACUUAAGCAAAAAGAUAAGUUGAAUGAGGAUGUGAAAAACUUGACAUUGAAAAUAGAGCAGGAAACGCAAAAGCGCUGCCUCACCCAGAAUGACCUCAAGAUGCAGACGCAACAAGUCAACGCACUGAAAAUGUCAGAGAAGCAGCUAAAACAGGAGAAUAAUCAUCUUGCUGAAGUCAAACUGAGUUUAGAAAAACAAAAUAAUGAACUCCGCAAGGAACGCCAGGAUGCUGACGGACAAAUGAAGGAACUUCAAGACCAGCUUGAAGCUGAACAAUAUUUUUCAACUUUAUACAAGACACAAGUUCGGGAGCUUAAAGAAGAAUGUGAAGAAAAGACAAAACUUUGCAAAGAAUUGCAGCAAAAGAUACAAGAAUUGCAAGACGAAAGGGAUUCCUUGGCGGCGCAACUUGAGAUCACUUUAACCAAAGCAGAUUCAGAACAGUUGGCUCGCUCCAUUGCUGAAGAACAGUACUCAGAUUUGGAAAAAGAGAAGAUCAUGAAAGAGCUGGAGAUUAAAGAAAUGAUGGCUAGGCACAAACAGGAACUUGUUGAGAAAGACGCCACAAUAGCAUCUUUGGAAGAAGCAAAUAGGACGCUCACCAGUGAUGUGGCUAACCUUGCAAAUGAGAAAGAAGAGAUGAACAAUAAACUUAAAGAAAUCCAUGAACAAAUUGCCAGAGUGAAAGAUGAGGAAACAAGUAUAGGACUUAUUAAGACUCAGUAUGAGAAACAGUUGUUUACUGAAAGAACGCUGAAGACACAGGCGGUGAACAAGUUAGCUGAAAUUAUGAAUCGCAAGGAUCCUGUCAAGCGAGGUGCCGACAACGAUGUCAGAAGGAAAGAAAAAGAGAACAGGAAGCUGCAUAUGGAGUUGAAGUCUGAGCGAGAAAAAUUAACCCAGAUGAUGAUCAAGUAUCAGAAGGAGAUUAAUGAAAUGCAAGCACAAAUAGCAGAUGAGAGCCAGGUAAGAAUAGAACUGCAAAUGGCCCUGGACAGCAAGGAUAGCGAUAUUGAACAGCUGCGCUCACAGCUUCAGAUGAUACACAUUGGUCUGGACAGCACCAGUAUAGGCAGUGGCCCUGGAGAUGCAGAAGCCGAUGAUGGGUUCCCUGAGUCACGAUUGGAAGGUUGGCUCUCUUUGCCUGUCCGAAACAACACUAAGAAAUUUGGAUGGGUUAAAAAGUACGUAGUUGUCAGCAGCAAGAAGAUCCUCUUCUAUGACAGUGAGCAAGAUAAAGAGCAGUCAAACCCUUACAUGGUGUUAGACAUAGAUAAAUUAUUCCAUGUCCGGCCAGUCACACAAACGGAUGUAUACAGAGCAGAUUCCAAAGAGAUUCCAAGGAUUUUCCAGAUCCUGUAUGCUAAUGAAGGAGAAAGCAAAAAGGAGCAAGAGUUUCCUGUAGAGCCAAUGGGGGAGAAAAAUUAUAUUUGUCACAAAGGACACGAGUUCAUACCUACUCUCUAUCACUUCCCAACCAAUUGUGAAGCUUGUAUGAAGCCACUGUGGCACAUGUUUAAACCUCCUCCUGCUUUAGAAUGCCGACGCUGCCAUAUCAAAUGUCAUAAAGAUCAUAUGGAUAAAAAAGAAGAGAUUAUAGCACCUUGCAAAGUAAAUUAUGACGUUUCAACGGCAAAAAAUCUACUACUGUUAGCCAAUUCUACAGAGGAGCAGCAGAAAUGGGUGAGCCGUCUAGUCAAAAAGAUUCCCAAAAAGCCUCCAGCACCAGAUCCUUUUGCACGAUCUUCUCCAAGAACUUCCAUGAAGGUACAGCCAAACCAGUCUAUCAGACGGCCAAGUCGACAGCUUCCUCCAAACAAACCGAGAUUGCUUGAUUUGGCAUUUAAAGACUGGGAUUGGUCUUUUGAUGAUGUUGAUGAUGUAGUUGUUGAUGAUGAUGAGGAUGAUGAUGAUGAUAACGAUGUGUUUGAUUUCUGAAGAGGAAAAUGGGCUAACUGCCUUCUAUAAACGCAGUCACUGUUGAAGGUGAUUUUCUUCCCAUUGAAAGAAGACUGAAAUACUGUAUCCCAAAACUAAUGAAAUAUCUAUAUAUCUAUAUAGAUAGAUAUAUUCCUGAAAGACAGCUAUACAUAAAUCUAUAGCAGAGGUUUACAGGGAAGAUUUUUUUUUUGCUGCAAUACAAUUUACUAAUAAUUCUUGAAGGCUUUUUUUUAAAAAUGUAAUUCCUUUGGAAGACUGAUUGCAUUAGGAAUGAGCUGUAACUGAACAAAGAUUCUCUUAAAUCCUGCUGUUCUGUUUUUCUUGGAAAAACUCACACUACAUUUCACAAAAAUAUUAGGAAGUUCAGGAAUAUAAGAAGAAUCCAUUUCUUGUCCAGCUGCAGUAGAGUAAUGCCACCAGCAGGGGCGCCAGAAGAAGGGGAUGGGGUGGGAGAGACGUUUCUGUCACAUUGAUGACUGCAUCCUAAAGAAGUGACCAUAUACUGUGUGUGUGUGUGUUUGUGCAUGUGUAUAUAUGUAUAUUGUACUGUAAUGCUGCAAGAAGUUUUUUAAAAAAAACUGUCCACUUUAUUUUUAUACAUAUUCAUCAUAUACCAUUCACUGCAGUUGCAACUAUGCACUUGUAUAAAGCCAUAUUUUUGACGUUCAUAUCAUUAAUACAUGUAUAUUGAAAGCUGCAUGUCUGCACUCAGCAGGUUAAGUAUAAGAGAUCCAAGCAGAUGCUCAUUUCAUUUUUUUUUUUUUAGUGAGCAGCCCUGUUUUACUGGUUUUUGAAAUGCCUUAAAUUAAUUUUGUUCCCUUUAAAGUAUAUGCCCUUUCUAGAUAUUUAAGAGAGAGAAAAAAUUAGAGGUUUACCAGCUCUUAGAAUGCAAUUUUGCUUUGUUACAGAAAAAUAUAGUGCACUAUGUUUACAUAUAAUAGUUUAUAUCAGUGUCAUUUUAUUCUGAAUGUAUAUUGAAAGGUUUGGAAGGGGGUGUGUGUCAAAUACUGAUUUUCAGAAAUAAUGAACUGGUAGCAUCAGCACUAAUAUAUAGCUUUCAUACAUAAGCAUAGCUUUUCCAUCGAACCCUUUUUACAGAUGUCAAUUUAACCGUUGCCUUUAUAUACCCCUAACUAAGUGCUACAAAUCUUCAUUCUGCCUCCUCUCCCCCCAAUUCUAUCUUUUGCCUCCCCUCCCCCCGCAAUUCAAGGCGUUUUUAUUUCUGUUUUUACAUUCUUACCACACCAUAUCUAAGGACUGUCACUUAAUGACUAAAACAUACUACAGAUGCAUUUUAUUUUUAAAUCCUGUCCUCUUAGCUCAUGCCUGUGGGAAUAGGAAAAUAAUUUCAGUUGUGUGUUUUCGAGAACAUCGCUGGGAGGAAAAGGCCUUGGAGGCGCUUAAAUCUUAAUUUUUAGAAAAUUAUGUAUAAAAUAUAAUUUGUAAGCUCAUUUUUGCCAUGUCCAUAAUUCAUCCCUGAAAAGUGCAUGUUUUAAACAACUACAGUAUGCUAUGUUAAACAUGUUUGCAGUAAAAGACAGGUUUGUAGCCUCCUCCCCAGUCUCUUUAUUAAUGUAUACAUAUAUAUGCAUAUGUUGUAUGUGCUAGUAAUGAAAUAUAGAAUUUCAAUGAAGGAAAUAAGACAUUUCACUAGAUUUGUGUUCUCUAGUAAUAGAAAUUAGGUAUUUGGGAGGGAACCAGGAAUUGUGUAACAUCACAGCUACAAAAAUGAGACUUGGGCUCUCACUAGAAUCUUGUAGGGAACAGUUCACCAACCUUGAGGGGGUUUUUUUGCAAUUCCCAUUUGCUUCAGUGAGGCUUUUGCAGAAGGAAGAUAACAAGAAGUUUAAUUUCACAACAUGCUGGGAUUCAUUCCUAGGCUUAACCCCUAUUGAAAUUAAUUGGAACUGAGAGAAGAUCGCGGCAGGUGAAUCAGUGAGCACCUUUUCCCCACUAAUACACAGACACUUACCAACUGUAUAGUCAAUUAUAUAAUUUAUGCACAUAUUUUUUUCUUUAAAAAGCUGUGCAUCCCAUAAUUUAAACUAUACUUUUUAUCAUUUCAGUUACCCUUGAAGCCCCAAUGUGCACCAAAGGAUUGCUUUAUCAUAUUGCCUGUUUGCUUUGAACAGCCAGAGUACAGCAUAUUUUAAGAAAUGCAUAUUUUUGCAUACCAAACCUGUUUUCAAGUAUGUGUACAAUAAAAACUGUUUCCAUUCACUGAAGGCAUACAUGUUUUAUAUAUAAAUUGUUAAAAUUGUGGGAAGUUCUGAAUUGGAAAAAAAAUAUCUAUAUAUAUAUUUUUAAAUAAACUUAUUUGAAUAAGAUAAAAGCAUUUCUGAUGUUGA